AUGAUUUCUGUAGUUAUUAGAAAAGAGGCUUACAACAGAGAAAGGCAAGGAGGAUGGCUGAUCACAAACCUAGUGGCACAGAUAAAUGAAACAUUGGACCAAAAACCAGAGAAGGUUGACCUACUGACAGAGUUGAUAAAGGUGUCAGGCAGAAUUGCAUUCAACUACGAGACCGAGACAGGCAGACAGACAGACAGUGGCCAUAAGUCGGUGCCCUGUCUGUAUCAUAGACUCAGUGAAGACAUCAUAAUCUGGCCAGAGGAGAUGAAGAAGGCAAAACAGUUAGCUGAAAAAGAGGGCUCCGAUUGGAAGGAAUUUUCCGAUUGGGAUCCUAACAAGGAUGAACAGGCGAGGAUAAGAGUCAAAGAUGAAGUGUGA